AUGAAAAGGAUGAAGAACUUCAGUCUCCCUGUGGAUAUGAUGGUAGAGAUUCUGUUGAGGUUGCCAAUUAAAUCUCUCCUGCGUUUCAAAUGCGUGUGCAAAUCAUGGCUCUCCCUCAUUUCCGAUCCCCAAUUCGCUAAAUCUCAUUUCGACCUAGCCGCCGCACCCACUGAUCGUCUUAUUAUAACAUUCCGUGGUUGCAUGGAAUUUGAGGCGGCAUCACCAGACGACCACGACCGUGAUCUCGUACAUCUCAACUAUCCAUGUCCACCACCACCACCUCGCACACGCCCUCGCUAUAUACUUCAAGUUCCUGUCCGCUCUCACAGUUCUCGUCAUCUUCAGGCUAUUGGUUAUUGCAGAGGGAUUAUGCUUUUGGGCAAUAUGUCCGGUGAUGCCGUUGUCUGGAAUCCCUCAACGGGUACCCAUAGGCAGAUACCAGUCUCAUAUGAUAAGAUUGAUCCGUCCCUUCCAAAUAAAGGAUAUAGAUACCGCAAAAAAGAGAACAUUGCACGGAAAUUUUCUGACACAGAUAAGAACUCUCAUCCUCGGAUCCAAGUUUUCUCAUUGAAAACCAAUGUGCCUUCCUUUAUUUAUGGUGUUGAUUUUGAAUAUGAUCAAUAUCAAGAUCCUUAUGAUAGGGCUGGGGUGUUCUUCAAUCAGUCUCUUCAUUGGAUGGUUAAAUCUAAGGCUACGGGGCUUGUACUUGUUUUUGCCUUUGAUCUAAUAGAUAGAAGUUUAUCAGAGAUUCAUCUAUCAGAUGAUUGUAUGAAACUAUACCGUGACGAUGAACAUCAUUGUUAUUUAAAUGUACUAGGAGGAUGUCUUGGUCUCCAUUUCUUUGAGGGAGAUGAUGACGAUGAGAUAUGGGUCAUGAAAGAAUAUAAAGUGUCGUCUUCUUGGACUAGAUGUUUUCUUAUUCCAAACAAGGAUGUCAAUGGUCCCAUAUGCUUGACUAAAGAUGGUGCACUUCUUGUGGAUGGAUAUAAUAAAAUAAUGGAAUUGAAUGAGGAUGGAGGCGUGCUCAAGCAUCACCUAAAUGAGCUGCUUGACAUUCAUGUUUCAGAAUAUCGUUAUCCGUAUAGGGAGAGUUUAUUACCACUCCCUUAG